AUGAAGACGUUCGUAGCUGUUCUUCUACUGAGCGCCUGCGCGACUUAUGCCUUCGCUGAAGAGCUCCAGAUGCCUUUCAACAAAGCCGUAUUUCAGUUCCUGGACGAGCGUCACGAUGAGAGAAUGGCACAGGUCUUGAGAGACAACGGACUCCCAGAGGAUACUCUACCAGCAGCCGACGAGCGGGCGGAUUCACCGGCCUUUUUGGUAAGCAUGCGUAGAGCGAGUUUAUUUGAUCAAAAAUGGAUAUGCUAAGAAACACAGAAAACAGAACAUGCAGGCUGCAGGUGAAGGCAUAAGUAAGGCCGAUGUGAGAUUAGGUUCAAAGAGUUGUAAGUGAGAGUUGCAACUUUAAUUCAAAGGCUUGGAAGUGAGUGAGGAAAUUUCUAAUUUAGGGCUAAUUUACUGCUUUAAUUUUGGAUGGUGGGACUUUCAAUAUUGUUUUAUACUGGAGGGUCCGCCCGAAAUGGGGAAGUUUUCCGGUUAGGCUUAAGAUACACGAAAAGAUCGUUUUUUGUUAGGCGUUUAAUUCUGUGAAAGUCUUGGGGAAUCCCUCGUGCCCUUAAUUGCUUCACAUUUGGGUUCUCAACCAGUUGAGCCCAUGAAACAGGGCAUUCAAUAGGGCAAGAAUAGUCAAUUCUACUUGAAAUUGAGUAUGGGAUUUGUAAUAGCAUUAUUUUGUAAUACAAUGUAAUAGGAUUCUUCGAUUCCUUGACCAACUUCUUGUUGAAAGCUCCCAGUCAUUGUUCACAUGGGGAGACCCAAAGACUCGUGUUCUCAGUAAGUGGUCCGUCUGGUAGGCAGAAAAUCAUCAAGACUUGCAUCCAUCAUGUUUCAUGAUAGUCAUUUGUUUAAUUGCAGGCACCUUGUAUCACGACAGGAAAGCUAUGUUGGAAAUUGGCCGGACGUGAUCCGUGUAAAAAAUUGGAGUGCAUCGAUUGCUUCCUCCGUUGUGCUGUUGCUAACCAUCCUACCCCUCUUCCAAAACUAACAAUACGCCAGGUAAAUGAACUAAAACAAAACAGAGCGAAACAAAGCAAAAAAGAAAUCGGCGUUUGUGUCAGUAACAUGGACGCUGAGCCAGAAGCCCAAUUUCUGUUGUACUGUUCAGACCUUGGAGAGGGUCCCUACUGAGAUUAUACAGGUCCACGGCUAGAAGGCUAAAAUCGGUUCUUUUUACAAACAAAAUAAAUUUGUGCGAAAGUCGGGACUGAUCUUGGUUGGCGUUGAUCUGCAGAACAUGUCAGGAAGAAUGAAAAGACAAACCCGAGUUUAGAGUUCAUUUUUAUUGAGAUGAGUCUUGCGGCACCUUAGCUUCUUUUGAAGUAUUGCCACAGUCAUAAUUUGGAAGAUCAGAGGUGCCGGACACUGAAAAUCACAGAUUCAACUACUAAAAUACAUGGAGGUUGUUAACAAAACUGGGUCGCUUAUUUAAAGUUUUAUGUAUGUAUAACUGUCCUCCGUUUUCGUUUUUCCUUUGCAGAAAGGUUGUUUGGCUCUUCUGUAUCUGUGCAGAAAGCACAGUCCAUCUUGUGCUGGUGAAUUGUGCUGCUUCGUUCGCAUCAAAAGAUGCUUUAAAGCGUCUGGGCACUAAGCACCCGCAAAGAAAUGUUACACUGUCACAAUGGCAACGAAUAGUUGAUAUCGUUCAAGAUAAUGUGCAAUCAGGCUCGUUUUUCAGUUAAUAUACUCUUUUAUUAACUUGUGCAGACAUUGUUAACUUAAAGGGAAUAAAAAUAUCUAUAAAAAGG